GGAGUUCAGGAGCUAUAAGCAGCCAGGACUCACCACUAAUGCCGGUUUCUCCAAUCCAGGAUCCUCUGCUGAUAUCUUCCAUAUAAGAGAAUUCUCCUGGAUGACCCAUCAACCAUGGAGAGAGACAGGAACAAGAUGGCCGACAGGAUCAUAAACCUCACCCUACAGAUACUCUUCUGGCUUACUGGAGAGGAUUACACAGUGGUGAAGAAGUCCUCUAGUGGGCGCUGUCGGGCCCCUGAGUGUGAAGGAUGGGGAAGAACCCUGAGCCCAAUCCCGGGGCCCCCACCUCACUCCCUGAUACAUGAGGAAAUGGAUGAACAGAAGAUCCGAGAACUGAUCAACAAGAUGAUGGAGCUGCUGACUGGAGAGGUUCCUAUAAGGUGUCAGGACGUGGCGGUCUAUUUCUCCAUGGAGGAGUGGGAGUAUGUAGAAGGACACAAGGAUCAGUACAAGGAUCAGGUGAUGAUGGAGGAUCAGCAGCCCCUCACAUCACCAGUCAGAUCCAGUAAGAGAACAGCACCAGAGAGGUGUCCCCGUCCUCUUCUUCCACAGGAUGAUCAGGGAGAAGAUCCGAACAAUAUUAAUGCUCCAGAGACAGAUGUGAGCAGUGAUGAGCAGUAUAAGGAGGACAUUUCUACAGAGAAAGAUCUGAUCUAUAUUAAUGCUACAGACAUAAAGGGAGAAGAAGAAGAGACAGAUGUAAGCAGUGACAAGCAGUAUAAGGAGGACAUUCCUACAGGGAAAGAUUGGAUCUAUAUUAAUGCUCCAGACAUAAAGGUAGAAGAAGAGACAUAUGUGAGCGGUGAUGAGCAGUAUAAGGAGGACAUUCCUACAGGUAAUCACCCAGAUUCUUGUAGCAGGAGAUCAGAGGAGAAUCUUAUAUCUUCAGAUUAUAAAGCAGAUGAUGAUAUCACACAAGAUACAUAUGAAGAACAUUCCAUUAUCCCAGAUACACCCUCAGCCCUUCACAGCCAAGAUCUCUCAUCUCAUCCUUAUAUACAGGUCCUGUCUUCUCAGUCAUCACAGGAUGUUCAGCAAAAUAAUGAGAGACUAUUUUCAUGUUCACAAUAUAGGAAAUGUUUAAUUAAAAAAUCAAGUCUAGCUAAACAUCAGAAAAUUCACACAGGAGAGAAACCAUUUUUAUGUUCAGAAUGUGGUAGACGUUUUAUUCAGAAAUCAGUUCUUGUUCAACAUCAACGAACUCACACAGGGGAGAAGCCAUUUUCAUGCCCAGAAUGUGGAAAAUGUUUUACUUGGAAAUCAGAUGUUACUCGACAUCGAAGAACUCACACAGGGGAAAAGCCAUUUCCAUGUUCACAAUGUGGGAAAUAUUUUAUGAAGAAAUCAAAUCUUGUUAAACAUCUAAGAACUCACACAGGAGAAAAGCCAUUUUCUUGCUCAGAAUGUGGAAAAUGUUUUGCUAAGAAAUCAAAUCUUGUUCACCAUAAAAGAACUCACACAGGGGAGAAACCAUUUUCAUGUUCAGAAUGUGGAAAGUGUUUUACUGAAAAAUCAAGUCUUGUUAAACAUCAAAGAACUCACACAGGGGAGAAGCCAUAUUCAUGUUCAGAUUGUGGAAGAUGUUUUAAUGAUCAAUCAAAUUUUCUUAAACAUCAGAAAACUCACACAGGGGAGAAGCCAUUUUCAUGCUCAGAAUGUGGGAAAUGUUUUACUGACAAAUCAAAUCUUGUUAAACAUCAAAGAAAUCACACAGAGGAGAAUCCAUAUUCAUGCUCAUAAUGUGGGAAAUGUUUUGCUCAGAAAUCAGGACUUGUUAGGCAUCUAAGAAUUCACACAGGAGAGAAGCCAUAUUCAUGCUCAGAAUGUGGUAAAUUUUUUCCUUUUAAAUCAGGUCUUGUUGUACAUCAAAGAACUCACACAGGAGAGAAGCCAUUUUCAUGUUCAGCAUGUGGAAAAUGUUUUACUGACAAAGCAACUCUUGUUAGACAUCAAAGAACUCACACAGGAGAGAAGCCAUUUUCAUGUUCAGAAUGUGGAAAGUGUUUUACUGACAAAGCAAGUCUUGUUAGACAUCAAAGAACUCACACAGGGGAGAAGCCAUUUUCAUGCUCAGAAUGUGGGAAAUGUUUUACUUGGAAAUCAGAUGUUACUCGGCAUCAAAGAACUCACACAGGGGAGAAACCAUAUUCAUGUUCAGAAUGUGGGAAAUGUUUUCAUCAUCAUUCAACUCUUGUUAAACAUCAAAGAACUCACACAGGGGAGAAGCCAAGGGUCUCCUCCUUAGAGGACAGUGACAUAAAAGUUUUCAACAGGAUGCACUCAGCUGAGCUAGAAAUCGCCAGAUUAUCAGAUAAAGUUGAGGACCUAGAAAAUAGAUCCCGCUGCAAUAAUCUACGAAUUGUUGGGGUCAAAGAGACAGUGUUACAGCAAGAUCUCCAAAGGUUCUGUACCAUGAUUACAAUCAUUUCUUGGAACGUCAAGGGUCGUCGUUCCCCACACAAGCGAAGACUCUUGUUACGUUAUCUCGAAAAACAGCACCCUGACAUAGUCAUGUUACAGGAGACUCAUUUGUCUCAGCAAGACUUUUUCAGGAUGCAGCAGCAAUGGGUCGGACAUGUCUAUGGAUCUCCAGCGGUUGAUGGUCACACGUUCCUUGAUUGUCUGGAGCUGCUGUGCUUGGUGGAGACUCAGAGGAAUAUCUUAAACGCACCGGUCACGGAGGAGGAAAUUCAAUAUACAAUAAAAUCCCCGCAUAAUGGUAAGGUGGCGGGACCUGAUGGAUAUAUGGGGGAAUUUUAUAAAGCCCACUUACCACAACUCUCCCCGAUCCUUAAAGACCUGUUUAACGAAUUCAUGUCCACGGGCCAGAUUUCAAACGAGGCGUCAGUUGCCUAUCUCAAAGUUCUGCCUAAGCCUGGGAAAGACCUGUCUGACCCCGGAUCUUACAGACCGAUAUCUCUUAUAAACCAGGAUAUCAAAAUCUUGUCUAAACUCAUGGCGGAUAGUUUGUCCAGGCUUAUGCCAGAACUGGUAGGAACACACCAGGUGGGGUUUAUACGGAGACGCUCUGCGACCAUGAAUAUCCGUACGGUUUUAGCUGUCCUAGAUCGAGUCCAACAGCAGCCACGCUUAGGCGAGCAGCCAGCCUUGCUUUUGCUGGAUGCUGAGAAAUUAUUCGAUAAUGUUCGAUGGAGUUGGCUGUGGAUGGUGCUCGACAAGUUCGGUAUUCAUGGUCGGUUCCGGAAUUUUUUGGAAGGGAUCUAUAAAUCUCCUGUAGCAAGGGUGUACACAUCUGGUAUCCUCUCCCAACCCAUUCAUCUCCAAAGAGGCACACGACAGGGAUGCCCACUCUCCUUCUUACUCUUUGAUUUAGCCCUGGAGCCCCUGGCCAAACAUCUGCUAGAUUCUGCUGUUUUCUCGGGAAUACGGGUGGGGUCAUCCACGAUUAAACUCACCAUGUUUGCGGAUGACGUCCUCUUGUUUCUUGACAAACCAACCUUAUCCUUACCUAGUGUGCUGUCCUCCCUCCUAAUGUUUGGCAAAUUUUCUGGCUACAAAAUCAACGUAGAUAAAUCUGAACUGUUACCUGUGGGGGCCUCUCCACCGCGCUGGUGGCCAGAUGUAGCGAACCUGGGGAUACGUUUAGCCUCUAACUCUAUAACCUACCUGGGCAUAAAAAUAGGGAGAACCCCCGACUCCUUGUACCUCCUUAAUUAUCCCCCUUUGAUAUUAAAAAAUACAAAAGGAACCGAGGAAUUGGGCAGGAAUCCCGCUCACGUUCAUGGGCAGGUGUCAUUUAAUAAAAAUGGAAUACUGGACGAUGGUCCAAGGUUAUCUCAGGGACACUUGGAAUCUGACCCUACCCCUUGUUCCACCAAUUACGACCCCCAGAACUGUCUCAAACAGACCACUCUGAGAGACAACAUAUAUUACGUACCUGAGAACGGGAUGACGCAUAAAGGCCAGUCGAAGCGCAAUUUUGCGCGAAACGGCACCGUAGCCCGCCCAGGUAGCCCUGCUUCUUUGUCUGUCCGUCCUGCACCUACAAACGUGUUCCCACAACAUGUAUGUUUUACAUUUCCAAUAAAGAACUCUGCACAUGAGACGGCACUGCCUUACAGAGGCUACAUCAUCCCAGACAGUCUCUGCAGUGGCCUUAAGGAGCCCUGGUAUGAGCUCCUUCAAGUCCUUAGCUCUGAUGAGCUUGUAAACAGUCUUAGGCUUCCACAGGUCGGGCUUCAGUCCCUCCAGUUCCUUUAUGAACCGGACAACAUCCCCCUAGAACCAGGGAGUGUACCAGUUGUAAGAGAUCGAGCUGUUCCACGUGUCACAGCCGAGCCUUUUCCAGAGGGGCAGAAGAAACAGACAGUAGUGAAGUCCUCUAGUGGGUGCUGUCGGGCCCCUGUGUGUGAAGGAUGGGGAAGAACCCUGAGCCCAAUCCCGGGGCCCCCACCUCACUCCCUGAUACAUGAGGAAAUGGAUGAACAGAAGAUCCUAGAACUCAUCAACAAGAUGAUGGAGCUGCUGACUGGAGAGGUUCCUAUAAGGUGUCAGGACGUGGCGGUCUAUUUCUCCAUGGAGGAGUGGGAGUAUGUAGAAGGACACAAGGAUCAGUACAAGGAUCAGGUCAUGAUGGAGGAUCAGCAGCCCCUCACAUCACCAGUCAGAUCCAGUAAGAGAACAGCACCAGAGAGGUGUCCCCGUCCUCUACUUCCACGGGAUGAUCAGGGAGAAGAUCUGAAUAAUAUUAAUGCUCCAGAGACAGAUGUGAGCAGUGAUGAGCAGUAUAAGGAGGACAUUCCUACAGAGAAAGAUCUGAUCUAUAUUAAUGCUACAGACAUAAAGGAAGAAGACGGGACAGAUGUGAGCAGUGACAAGCAGUAUAAGAAGGACAUUCCUACAGGGAAAGAUCUGAUCUAUAUUAAUGCUACAGACAUAAAGGAAGAAGAAGAGACAGAUGUGAGCGGUGAUGAGCAGUAUAAGAAGGACAUUGUUACAGGGAAAGAUCUGAUCUCUAUUAAUGCUACAGACAUAAAGGAAGAAGAGACAGAUGUGAGCAGUGACAAGCAGUAUAAGGAGGACAUUCCUACAGGUAUCCGCCCAGAUUCUUGUAGCAGGAGAUCAGAGGAGAAUCUUAUAUCUUCAGAUUAUAAAGCAGAUGAUGAUAUCACACAAGAUACAUAUGAAGAACAUUCCAUUAUCCCAGAUACACCCUCAGCCCUUCACAGCCAAGAUCUCUCAUCUCAUCCUUAUAUACAGGUCCUGUCUUCUCACUCAUCACAGGAUGGUAAGAAAAAGAAAAGCCACAGAAGGGGUGUUGGACAUCAACGAGCUCAUACAGGAAAGAAACCAUAUUUAUGCUCAGAAUGUGGGAAAUGUUUUACUAAGAAAUCACAUCUUGUUCAACAUCGAAGAACUCACACAGGGGAGAAGCCAUUUUCAUGUCCAGAAUGUGGGAAAUGUUUUUCCGACAAAUCAAGUCUUGUUAUACAUAAAAGAACUCACACAGGGGAGAAGCCAUUUUCAUGUUCAGCAUGUGGAAAAUGUUUUACUGACAAAUCAAGUCUUGUUAAACAUUAUAGGACUCACACAGGGGAGAAGCCAUUUUCAUGUUCAGAAUGUGGAAAGUGUUUUACUGACAAAGCAAGUCUUGUUAGACAUCAAAGAACUCACACAGGGGAGAAGCCAUUUUCAUGUUCAGAAUGUGGGAAAUGUUUUACUUGGAAAUCAGAUGUUACUCGACAUCAAAGAACUCACACAGGGGAGAAACCAUAUUCAUGUUCAGAAUGUGGGAAAUGUUUUCGUCAUCAUUCAACUUUUGUUAAGCAUAAAAUAACUCACAAAGGAGAGAAGCCAAUUCGGAGCAUGAAAGUGUCUCUAAUCCUAUUAAACAUCUCAGUGUUCCGAGUGGUGCUUAUUCCUUACAGAGGCUACAUCAUCCCAGACAGUCUCUGCAGUGGCCUUAAGGAGCCCUGGUAUGAGCUCCUUCAAGUCCAAAGCUCUGAUGAGUUUGUACACAGUCUUAGGCUUCCACAGGUCGGGCUUCAGUCCCUCCAGUUCCUUUAUGAACCGAACAACAUCCCCCUAGAACCAGGGAGUGUACCAGUUGUAAGAGAUCGAGCUGUCCCACUUGUCACAGCUGAGCCUUUUCCAGAGGGGCAGAAGAAACAGGGAGAGGUUCCUAUAAGGUGUCAGGACGUGGCGGUCUAUUUCUCCAUGGAGGAGUGGGAGUAUGUAGAAGGACACAAGGAUCAGUACAAGGAUCAGGUGAUGAUGGAGGAUCAGCAGCCCCUCACAUCACCAGUCAGAUCCAGUAAGAGAACAGCACCAGAGAGGUGUCCCCGUCCUCUUCUCCCACAGGAUGAUCAGGGUGAAGAUAUGAACAAUAUUAAUGCUCCAGAGACAGUUUUGAGCAGUGAUGAGCAGUAUAAGGAGGACAUUUCUACAGGGAAAGAUAUGAUCUAUAUUAAUGCUACAGAUAUGAAGGAAGAAGAAGAGACAGAUGUGAGCGGUGAUGAGCAGUAUAAGGAGGACAUUCCUACAGGGAAGGAUCUGAACAAUAUUAAUGCUAAUGACAUAAAGGAAGAAGAAGAGACAGAUGUGAGCGGUGAUGAGCAGUAUAAGGAGGACUUUCUUACAGGGAAAGAUCUGAACAAUAUUAAUGCUACAGACAUAAAGAAAGAAGAAGAGACAGAUGUGAGCAGUGAUGAGCAGUAUAAAGAGGACAUUCCUACAGGGAAAGAUCUGAUCUAUAUUAAUACUGCAUACAUAGAGGAAAAAGAAGAAAAGACAGAUGUGAGCAGUGAUGAGCAUGAUAAGGAGGACAUUCCUACAGGGAAAGAACUGAUCUAUAGUAAUGCUACAAACAUAAAGGAGGAAGAAAAGACAGAUGUGAGCAGUGAUGAGCAGUAUAAGGAGGACAUUCUUACAGGUAACUGCCCAGAUUCUUGUACCAGGAGAUCAGAGAAUCUUAUAUUGUCAGAUUAUAAAGCAGAUGAUGAUAUCACACAAGAUACAUAUGAAGAACAUUCCAUUAUCCCAGAUACACCCUCAGCCCUUCACAGCCAAGAUCUCUCAUCUCAUCCUUUAAAACCAGUUCCAUCUUCUGAUCUAUCACAGCAAAAUAAGGAGAAGCCGUUUUCAUGUUCAGAAUGUGGAAAAUGUUUUCUUAUCAAAUCAAGUCUAGUUCAACAUCAAAGACAUCAUACAGGGGAGAAACUAAAUGUAUGUGUAGAAUGUGGGAAAUGUUUUACUAAAAAAUCAUAUCUUAAUAGUCAUCUAAGAACUCACACAGGAGAGAAGCCAUUUUCAUGUUCAGAAUGUGAUAAAUGUUUUACUAAGAAAUCACAUCUUGUUCAACAUCAAAGAACUCACACUGGAGAGAAGCCAUUUUCAUGUUCAGAAUGUGGGAAAUGUUUUGCAAAGAAAGAAAUUCUUGUUCAUCAUCAAAGAACUCACACAGGGGAGAAACUUUAUUUGUGUUCAGAAUGUGGGAAAUAUUUUCCCAGGAAAUCAAAUCUUGUUCAACAUUUAAGAACUCAUACAGGAGAGAAGCCAUUUUCAUGUACAGAAUGUGGGAAAUGUUUUAGUGAUAAAUCAUAUCUUGUUCUACAUAAAAGAACUCACACAGGGGAGAAGCCAUUUUCAUGUUCAGAAUGUGGGAAAUGUUUUACUGGUAGAUCAAGUCUUGCUAAUCAUAAAAAAACUCACACAGGAGAAAGGCCUUUUUCCUGUUCAGAAUGUGGGAAAUGUUUUACUAAAAAAUCAGUUCUUGAUCUACAUCUAAGAAUUCACACAGGAGAGAAGCCAUUUUCAUGCUCACAAUGUGGGAAAUGUUUUACUCGGAAAUUAUUUCUUGUUAAACAUCAAAGAACGCACACAAGAGAGAAGUCAAUUGAGAGUAAUAAAUGAUGCAGAUAACACAUCUAUAUAUUAACCAUGUACAUAGGAUAUCUGACAUUUAUACAUGUAUCAUAUUCUGCAUCUCCAAACUUGUUACCAAUAGUUAAUAAAAGUUUUCUUUUAGAACGUAGUCACCUAUUCAGCGAUGUCAUCACUAUUGUUUACUUGGUAGGAAAAGAGUGUGAUAUAUUAUUCUACUUAGUAUUGAGCGAACUUUCUCAAAGUUGCCUGUUCAUUUUGGCUCGGUUUACUGCAAAGGGGCACAAAAUAAGCCCCGAAACACCCGAAAGACUAUAACACUGCUAGGAUGUAUUGAAGUAGUUUUAAAGUGGUUUUAAGGCUCAGUUAUGGUGAUAUGCGGUAACCCAUGGAAACUAAUAGCUUCUUUAAAGGAGAGUUCUAGCCAAAUGAAAUGACCAUUUAUAUAGCUGCACGUGAUGAAGUUAUAUAACUUUGCGAUGUGAAGUGUAGUUUUUGCACCCUGUUUCUCUCCAGGCAGGAAGUCCAGGAGAUCAUAUCACACUGAUGACUAGAGUCCUAGACGACACGUCACACUCCCUUCUACCCUGAUCAGAGAGCUGACAGCUUCAGUGUGCCGUCCUUUUGUGUCCCUGAUUGGCUGGAGGGCAACACCGCCCUCCCUGCUCACUCUCACAGAGCAGCCCCUCCCUGUAGCUCACACAGGAAUUAAACAGCCUUUUUACAAAGUCUGUUUAUGGAGGCUAUGAGGGUC